GUUCUGUUAAAAUAUAGUGAAGAUGGUAUAGGUCAAUUCGCACGCAAUCUAUUUGAGGAGUCGCGUGCUUAUUCGAAACUGUUGGUCUUAUCAAAGGGGCUUGGAAACAUUCCCGAGAAUCUGUCGGUGCUUCGUUGGGAAGGUUUUGAAGACAGCUUGCCGCAGUGUACUGAGGAAUUGAGUGCGAAAUUAGAAAUGGUAAUCGCAAUGAUGAGUAUUUCGAGCGAUUCUAAUUAUUUGUUGGAGCGAAGAAUAAUGAAGAGAUGUUGA